GCGGACGAUCGAGGAGAAAAGACUUCCCGUCUUACUUCCUCCACUGAGGUUACUCGACGGUCAUCUACAGCUAGUCACACUGCAUCUGUGUUACACGCUAAGGCAGCUAUACAUAUUUAUUAAAGGUAAUUAGAUACACUCGAGUUCAAGCAAGUACGAAUGUUUCCUCUAUACGAAACUGUUGAAGAAUGUCGGCCAAAGCUAUCCGCGAAGCGACUGGCAAGGAUCUCAUCAAUCGUAAAUUAGAAAAUGGAACUAAUGCAGCCAAGUGUCGGUUUGUUCCUAUUGAUGAGAAGACCAAUUGGGCGACUGUGGUCGCUGACAAUCCAUGGUUGAAAACGGAAAAGCUUGUGGUGAAGCCUGAUCAACUUAUUAAACGUCGUGGAAAACUGGGUCUGAUUAAAGUUAAUGCUGAUCUACCCACUGUGCAAAAAUGGAUUGCUGAUAGAAUCAAUAAAGAUCAGGUUAUUGGAAAAGCCACAGGAAAACUAAAGACCUUUAUAAUAGAGCCUUUCGUGCCACAUAAGCCUGAGGAGGAAGCAUAUGUUUGCAUCUACUCACAUAGAAAAGCAGAUACUAUUCUCUUCCAUCAUCAGGGUGGUGUUGAUAUUGGUGAUGUUGAUGCGAAAGCUCUGAAGCUUGAGGUUCCAGUAGGAUCUGCACCUCCCACUCAGGAUGUUUUGACCAAGAAUCUCCUGGUGAAUGUCGCCAAGAAUAAGAAACCAGUCAUCGCUAAAUUUAUUGAAUCUUUGUAUAAGCUUUAUGUGGAUUUGUACUUUACGUACCUGGAGAUCAAUCCCUUGGUAGUGACCGAUGAAGCCAUUUAUAUUCUUGAUCUGGCUGCUAAGCUGGACACUACCGCAGACUUUAUUUGUAAACCAGAUUGGGGUGAAAUUGAUUAUCCACCACCUUUUGGAAGGGAUGCCUAUCCAGAAGAGGCUUACAUCGCUGACCUAGAUGCUAAAUCAGGAGCGAGUCUUAAAUUAACUAUUCUGAAUCCCAAGGGAAGAAUUUGGACGAUGGUCGCUGGUGGCGGUGCUUCUGUUAUUUAUUCAGAUACUAUUUGCGACCUUGGUGGUGCCAGUGAAUUGGCAAAUUAUGGAGAGUAUUCUGGGGCACCGAGUGAACAGCAAACCUAUGAGUACGCCAAGACUAUCCUCAGUCUUAUGACUAAAGAGAAACAUCCUGAAGGCAAAGUUCUGAUAGUCGGUGGUGGAAUUGCAAAUUUCACUAACGUCGCUGCCACCUUCAAAGGUAUCGUUAAAGCUCUCCAAGAGUUCCAGCCAAAACUUGUAGAGCACGACAUUAAGAUCUUCGUUAGGAGAGCUGGACCUAAUUAUCAAGAAGGUCUCAGAAUUAUUCGUGAGGUUGGCAAACGUCUAGGAAUUCCAGUAUACGUAUUCGGACCGGAAACACACAUGACAGCAAUUUGUGGUAUGGCUCUUGGAAAGAAACCUAUUCCUGACCCGGAAGCUCAAGAAUUCUCCACUGCAAAUUUCCUACUCCCCUCUGGCCAGGAUGUCGGCCCUAAUACAUCAGCUAAAACUGCACCCCAGACACCUAGAGAAGGUCCUAAAGCAGUGAAACCCGAUCAAGUGGAUUCAUCGAGUCACAAAGAACUAUUUAGCAACAAGACUCGAGCUAUAAUAUGGGGAAUGCAGACAAGAGCAGUCCAAAGCAUGUUAGAUUUUGACUUUGUAUGCAGAAGAAAUGAACCUUCUGUUGCUGCUAUUGUAUAUCCAUUCACAGGAGAUCAUAAACAAAAAUUCUACUGGGGCCACAAGGAGGUUCUUAUUCCGGUGUACAAGCAAAUGAAAGACGCCAUGGUAAAGCACCCCGAUGCCGAUGUUAUGGUGACAUUCGCAUCGUUGCGUUCCGCAUACGACAGCACUGUGGAGACCCUGCAGUUCCCCCAAAUUAGAACUAUUGCCAUAAUUGCUGAAGGUAUACCUGAAAAUAUGACCAGAAAGCUGAUACUAAUGGCAGAUGAAAAGAAAGUCACGAUCAUUGGACCAGCUACUGUCGGUGGUGUUAAACCAGGUUGUUUCAAAAUUGGAAACACCGGUGGAAUGAUGGAUAACAUUCUUCACAGCAAACUGUACAGGCCCGGCAGUGUGGCUUAUGUGUCUCGAUCCGGCGGAAUGUCUAAUGAGCUUAACAACAUUAUCUCAAAGGCGUCGAAUGGCGUCCUGGAAGGUGUUGCUAUUGGCGGAGAUCGUUAUCCAGGAACAACUUUCAUGGACCACAUAAUGCGGUAUCAGAAUAACCCUGAGGCCAAAUUAAUCAUCCUAUUGGGUGAAGUUGGUGGUGUUGAAGAGUAUGAAGUUUGCGAAGCCCUAAAAACUAAAAAGAUUACGAAACCAUUAGUAGCCUGGUGUAUUGGCACCUGCGCUAGUAUGUUCACUUCUGAAGUUCAAUUCGGCCAUGCUGGUUCAAUUGCACAUAGUAAUCUGGAGACAGCGUCUUCUAAAAAUGCUUCCCUGAAAGCAGCUGGUGCCUACGUUCCUGAUAAUUUCGAUACUCUAGGCGAUCUGAUCCAAUCUGUUUAUCAACAGUUGGUUAGAAAUGGUAGCAUUGUUCCAGAACCAGAAGUACCACCACCAACAGUACCAAUGGAUUAUAGUUGGGCUAGGGAACUGGGACUAAUUCGAAAGCCUGCAUCGUUCAUGACCUCCAUCUGCGAUGAGCGUGGUCAGGAACUCCUCUAUGCCGGCAUGCCAGUAACAGAAGUUCUCAAGCAGAACGUGGGUAUUGGUGGCGUCGUAUCUCUACUCUGGUUCCAGCGUUGUCUUGCUCCCACUUAUUGCAAAUUCUUGGAGAUGUCACUGAUGUUGACUGCUGAUCAUGGACCAGCUGUAUCUGGUGCGCACAACACUAUUGUAUGUGCCAGAGCUGGUAAAGACUUGGUUAGCUCCUUGGUAUCAGGAUUACUGACGAUUGGUGAUCGUUUUGGAGGAGCACUUGACGGAGCUGCUCGCAUGUUUUCCGAGGCGUACGAUGCCGGUUUGCAUCCUCAGGAAUUCGUGAACGAGACUAGAAAGAAGGGCAAACUUAUUAUGGGAAUAGGACACCGUGUCAAAUCUAUUAACAAUCCCGACAUGAGGGUUAAAUUAAUAAAGGAGUUUGUUCUCGAGAAUUUCCCAAUGAAACCGUUGACUCUCUAUGCACUGGAGGUAGAAAAAAUUACUACCAGCAAGAAGCCGAAUCUAAUUCUAAACGUGGACGGUAUGAUUGCCUGUGCCUUUGUUGACAUGCUGAGGAACAGUGGUAGCUUCACCAGGGAAGAAGCUCAGGAAUACAUUGAGAUCGGUGCAAUUAACAGUCUCUUUGUGCUUGGCAGAAGUAUAGGUUUCAUUGGUCACUUUAUGGAUCAGAAGAGGCUGAAGCAAGGACUGUACCGUCAUCCUUGGGACGAUAUUUCUUACGUAUUGCCAGAACAGUACAAUUGAAAAAGCUAGUGGGCGUAGGGCUUGCUAGCUUUAACGAUUCGUCGUGAUUACAUCUAAAAAAAAACAGAAAACAUAAAAGAUAGAAGAAACGAGGAUGAGAAAAAGUAGCGAAGGUGCAGACCCGUGAAUGUCGUUUUUUUUUGUUUUAUACAGAUGUUGCGUCAGUCAUCAUUCCUACGGUUGAUCGUAUUCACGACGACUAUCAAUUUUCUUCUGUACUUUUCGUAAUUCAUUUAUCACUCAUUGCAAUCAAUUUCUACUAUUAUUUUAAUUCCAGCUUUUUUCUGUCUCAUUCCGGUAGCACAAAAAUUAAUUUGUCCAAGUGCAAAAGACGAAGCCCCGAAGAUUUCAGGGUUUCGAAAAUAUAUUAAGACAAAAGAACAGAACUUUUCUAGAUGAACAUAGAAAAUAGCGCUAAUAGAAAUUAUAUUCAUUUGUCGCAAUGAAAAUAAAUAGGAUAAAGAAAUAAAUAAGUUUAAGUAAGCGCGUUGCACGAGGUGAACGUCGCUCACAGAGCGAUGUGAAAUGUAUGAGCAUAGUAAAUAUAUAUGUGUAUAAUAUUUA